UGCUUCAUCUUGUGCACGCACCGCGGCUUCAAGGUCUACUCGGUCGCCCCUCUCGAGCAGAAAAUUUCGCGCAGCUUCAGCAGUGGGGGGUUGGGCUAUGCCGAGAUGCUCUUUCGUUGCAACUACAUUGCCCUAAUUGGUGGGACUGAUCGUCCCAGCUUCCCGACCAACAAAGUGGUACUUUGGGACGAUCGCUCUCAGUCCAUGGCUGCAGAAAUUGAAUGUCCCUCCGAAGCCCGUAGCGUUCGCUUGCGCAAGGACCGAAUUGUGGUUGUUCUUGAUCACAGCACGGAUGUCUACUCUCUCACGGCCACUCCAACGCUGCUGCAUUCCUAUCGCACUUGUUCCAACCCGCUUGGUUUGGCAAGCCUAUGUCCAGAUGAUAGACGGCCAGUUUUAGCCGCCAUGGGACCCGAACCAGGACAGCUGGCCUUGUGCAAUCUUGCGCAAAGCUCCGAGGCCCCGCUAAUCGUGGCCGCUCACGAAACAGCUUUGGCUCAAGUACAAUUAAACGAGGACGGUACAAAAGUUGCCACGGCCUCAGAAAAGGCAGGUGCCGAGCAUGGUACCCUGAUUCGGGUCUUUGACACUGAAACAGGCAAAAAACUGCACGAAGUGCGGCGUGGCACCGAACGUGCCCGGAUAUACAGCAUUCGCUUCAGUCGUCGGAGCACCCAUCUCUGCUGUGCCAGUGACCACGGGACCGUCCACGUCUUCUCCUUGCAUGAUCAGGAGGCUGUUGCCGCCAGCAGCUUAUUGCCGUCCGUGUUGCCCAAGUAUUUCAGUUCGCAAUGGAGCUUUGCCAAGUUUGCGAUUCCUUCAGCAUAUGCGAUUUGCGCGUUUGGCGAGGCCGAUAAUCAAGUUAUUGCGGUGAGCGCAGAGGGUUAUUUCUAUCGAGCCACCUUUGAAUCAUCUGGCGAGGUGAAUGUUUCUAAAAUCCAGCUCACUUGA